CGGGACAUAAAUGGUAAUAAAAAAAAACUCGUGAGAAAACAUAAAUUUCCCAAUCGGACUUACUUCUCCUCUAACCGAGAACACAAGAAAUUCUAUUAAAAAAAACCUAAAAAUGGGUUGCUUUAGCAGCAAACACCGAAACACAGAGAGUGAUAUCAUCAAUGGCAGCGUACAGAGCUCAAUUCCGACAAAUCAACCUGAAAACCAUGUCUCUCGUGAUGUUCUCAAGCCUCAGAAACCUCCUUCUCCUCAAAUUCCGACAACAACCCAAUCAAAUCAUCAUCACCAACAAGAAUCCAAACCCGUUAAUCAGCAAAUCGAAAAGAAGCACGUUCUAACACAACCAUUGAAACCAAUCGUUUUUAGAGAAACAGAGACAAUUCUAGGCAAACCCUUUGAAGAAAUAAGGAAACUUUACACGUUAGGUAAAGAAUUAGGUCGAGGCCAAUUUGGUAUAACCUACACUUGCAAAGAGAAUUCAACAGGCAACACAUACGCUUGCAAAUCAAUACUCAAGAGGAAACUAACGAGAAAGCAAGACAUAGAUGAUGUGAAGAGAGAGAUUCAGAUAAUGCAGUAUUUGUCUGGACAAGAGAACAUUGUUGAGAUCAAAGGUGCUUAUGAAGAUAGACAAUCGAUACAUUUGGUGAUGGAGUUGUGUGGUGGUAGUGAAUUGUUCGAUAGGAUUAUAGCUCAAGGACAUUACUCUGAGAAAGCAGCUGCUGGUGUUAUUAGAUCGGUUUUGAAUGUUGUUCAGAUUUGUCAUUUCAUGGGAGUGAUUCAUCGUGAUCUCAAGCCUGAGAAUUUUCUGCUCGCUAGUACUGAUGAGAAUGCUAUGCUUAAAGCUACUGAUUUUGGAUUGUCUGUGUUCAUUGAAGAAGGGAAAGUUUAUAGGGAUAUAGUAGGAAGUGCUUACUAUGUUGCUCCUGAAGUAUUAAGAAGAAGUUAUGGAAAAGAAAUCGAUAUUUGGAGUGCAGGGAUUAUUCUAUACAUCUUGCUUUGUGGUGUGCCUCCUUUUUGGUCUGAAACUGAGAAGGGGAUAUUUAAUGAGAUUAUAAAGGGAGAAAUUGAUUUUGAUAGCCAACCAUGGCCUUCUAUAUCUGAGAGUGCUAAAGAUCUUGUGAGGAAGUUGCUUACUAAGGACCCUAAGCAACGAAUCUCAGCGGCACAAGCUCUUGAACAUCCUUGGAUCAGAGGAGGAGAAGCACCGGACAAGCCUAUUGAUAGUGCUGUUUUAUCUCGGAUGAAGCAAUUCCGAGCAAUGAAUAAGCUUAAAAAGCUAGCUCUAAAGGUUAUUGCAGAGAGUCUCUCGGAAGAGGAAAUUAAAGGUCUUAAAACCAUGUUUGCGAAUAUGGAUACUGACAAAAGCGGCACAAUCACUUAUGAAGAACUGAAAAACGGGCUAGCUAAACUUGGCUCUAAACUCACUGAAGCUGAAGUGAAGCAACUCAUGGAAGCCGCUGAUGUAGAUGGUAAUGGAACAAUUGACUACAUCGAAUUUAUCUCAGCAACGAUGCAUAGAUACAGAUUUGAUCGAGAUGAACACGUAUUCAAAGCCUUCCAAUACUUCGACAAAGACAACAGCGGGUAAGUUUAGUCCCUUGAGGAACAAGGUAAAUAUAGACUUGACGCUACUUUAAGAAACAAAUUUGGAUUUUUCUUAACACAGGUUUAUCACAAUGGAUGAGUUGGAGUCAGCCAUGAAAGAGUAUGGUAUGGGAGAUGAAGCUAGCAUCAAAGAAGUCAUAGCGGAAGUCGAUACAGAUAACGAUGGAAGAAUAAACUAUGAAGAAUUUUGUGCGAUGAUGAGAAGUGGUAUCACACUGCCACAACAAGGGAAAAUUCUUCCAGUCCAAUGACUGAUAGAUAAAUCGAGAAGCCUUGAUAGAGGAACUUAAAAAUUAAUUAGAUAUCCAACAUUUUUUACAGCCGUGCAAAAGAGUUGCUGACUUAAACUAGAUACUAGUUGUGUUGUCCAAUAAAAACAAGUGGCCUUUAAUUUCUUUCUCUUAUCUGAUAUGUCUUGUCCAAAGUUUUGGUUACUUUAGAGUACCAGCAAAUUACUUUCGGAGUUAUACAUGUGUGCCCAAUAAAGAAGUUGUAGUAUAGUAGUAACAUCAUGUUAUAUCUCAUACUUUCAUCACUUGGAAAAUAUUUCAGAGAUGUAGAUUAUAUACAUAUAUAAAUGUAUGUAUAAAGAGAAAAGUGGGUUUUAAGAAAAAGAAUUCACCUUC